UUGACACGCUCCUCACACACUGAGGCUGCAAGAGAUAUAAAGGGGCUCUCAAGGAAAACAAGCAUUCAGGCAAGCCUCUGAGUCUUCUCCACCCUGCUUCUGAGAGUGUUUGGGAGGAAACUCACUCUGGUAUCAGAUAGAUAACUUUUUCUUGUCAGAGAACCAAAGGGAGUGUGACAGACUGGAUACUGAGAAUAGAUAGGAGGAACCAGUAGCCAGAGAUCGUGAUUGAUUUUAAGAGUUUUCACUUGAGUUCUUUACCUAUUUCCCUUCAAGAACUUUUGCCAUCAGAGAGAAAACUCCACAUGAAGACAACUUUUUGUUUCUUCUCCUUCUCUCAUCUGUUUUUAUACUCUUUCCUCAGCCAGUCUCUAAACAAGGACCUGGGUCACCAUGGAAGCAUCUACUCCUACUCAUCAGGACAGCAAUCAUUCAUUUUUGGAGGAGCAUUUUCACUUUGAGAAAAACAUUGACUCCUUUGGCAUUACUCUGGCUUUUCUCUAUCUUGUGGUCUGUAUUGUGGGACUGGCUGGGAACUGCCUCGUUAUAACUGCAAUUUUGAAGCUGGACAAAAUGUCAUCCUCCACAACAGUGUAUCUUUUUAACCUGGCUUUGGCAGAUGGACUAUUUAUGGUUGGUCUACCCUUUAUUGCCAGCCAGUUCUUUCAGGAAUGGGUUUUUGGGAACAUGGCAUGCAAAGUGGUCAUGUUCCUGGAUGGCAUCAACCAGUUCACCAGUGUUUUCUGCCUCACAGCGAUAAGCAUCGACCGCUACAUGGCACUCACCAAUCCUCUUCGGUUUGCAUCUUGGAGAACUCCUCGCUGUGCCAAGGUCGUCUCUAUGACCCUGUGGUUUUUAUCCUUCCUCACCAUUCUGCCAAUGGCUUAUCAUUUCACUGCGCAUCAUGGCUUGUGCUCUCCAGACUUUCCUACAGAUACAUGGUCGCUUGGCGUCCUCUCCUACACCUUCGUCAUUGGUUUUGCCUUACCGUAUUCGAUGAUGACAAUCUCCUACACAGCUAUGCUGGUCUCCCUGUGGUCCAAGCAUAAUCACUGCUCCUCGCCAAACGACGAAGGCCGUAGACUCGAGAAACAGAUAACUAAAAUGGUUGUGGCAGUGGUGGUGGUGUUCGGCAUAUGCUGGCUUCCAUUUUACUUUGUUAACUUUCUCUCCUGGAGCCAAAAAACGUUCUUCUUUACUUAUGCCAGGGCUUAUGAAUUAGUAGUCUUGUUGUCUUAUUCAUGGAGCUGCGCCAACCCCAUCCUCUAUGCCUGUCUCUCAGACACCUUUAGGAACCACUUCCGUACCUUGCUCUGUCCUGGAGUGAAAUCCUCCUCUAGCAUGCAGUCCAGUGUGGACCGAAAUGACCCAAAUGUCACUUGUGUACUUGAUGUCAGUCCUCUAGCCUGAGCAACAAGUAGGCCCACUGAUAUGUAAUUUCUCAGGCAUUGUGUGAUAAUUUGACAAUUCUGUAAAUAAAUCAACCAGUAUGAAUACUUUUGAUACAAAGUUGACAAUCCUGACUAAUCUAGAUCCUGUUUACCUUAUGUUCAUUGCAUGAAAGAAUCCCAUUUUCUUUGCCCUAAGGAGCUUGUACAGAUUUCACUACUGCCUUGAGUCUUUUUAUUGGACUUUGUUUUUUUAAAGAAGUUAAAUAUCUUUAUUUCUCCUUGUAUAAAGUCUUUUGAUCAUUCUCCUGUUAGUAUUGCAUUGUGUCUGAAGAGUAUUUUAAUAUCAUGAUCAUAAUGAGGCAAAUUCAAAAGAUGUUUGAUGUAAAAUAAAAUGUAAAAAUGUUUACCAACUUAAAUAAUCUUUUAAAUAUUUUUCUCAGCAUUCUUUGUGUAUUGAUUUGCAUGAAUUUGAAAAGUAAACAUGUACCACCUCCUUGGUCUUAUACAGUAAACGUCUUGUU